GCGAUGAUGCUAAUCUGGAAGGCGGCAGGGAGGCCUCGAUGUCAAGAAAGACCUCAUGAUGAGAUUAUCUGUGAAAGAGCAGUCAAGAUUGAAGAAACUUCAUCUGAGGAUGAUGAGAAUUCAGAAACUGUUGCAGUGGAAUCAUCAAGUGCAGCAGAAUCUGAUGCGCAAGCCUAUGCACCUCUUGGAGUGACAACUGAAGACCCAGCAAAGAUCAAUACAGCAGCAUUUCCUCAAGCUUCAGAGAGAGAAAGAACAGAUGACAGUGGAUCUCAUCGCCUCGAAACUGAAGAAACCGUAAUCGUUAUAUCUUCCGGCAAUAGUCACGAAGAAGCAACUGAUGACAUGACUGCUCCUGAAACCAUAAUGCCCGGAGAUGUAUCUCCACAACCGAGUACCUCAGCUUCUUUAGCAACACACAGUGGUGCCGCAGUGAGAAAGUAUGCCAUGAGCGCUGAGCACAAACUUCGCAUAAUUGUAGAAACAACUUCUUCUGAUGCUGAGGAUGAGGACAGAAACGCCGUUGAGGAAGGCAGAACCGAGGAUGCAGAGGGAACUCCAGUUCUCUCAUUUUCCCCAGGUGAUACUUCAGCGGGAGGUUUGCGUGACAUGAUGCAAAAUAAAGACCAAUCCGCCGAUAUUGGCGAGAUCUAUCGUAGUAUGCGGGGAAUACAAUCUCUAUGUCUAUCAAUAAUGGGAAGAUACCAUGAAAGAAUAUGCCGAUUGGAGAGAAACAAUAGAAGCCUUCACAAAGAACUGAGUUCUCUAAAGGAAAAGGUUUCUGCACUUGAGCGAGGUCAUCGUAGCUCAGGAUCAGAGCAAUCAGGAGAUGACAAGAAGAAUUAG